AGCGCGGGCGGUAAAGGGAGAGGCGGAGAGGUGGAGACGGGACCCUAAAGAGGCAUUGCCUAAGAUUUGGGGGAAUCUAGGUGACCAGAGCUUUGGGACUGAGCCUGGAGAAGUAGAACUGGAGUGGCAAAAAGUCGUGAGGCUUAGAGUUCAUGGCAGUAGCGGUCUGGGCUUUGGUUCUGGAGCAGGAGGGAGAAUGGGGUGAGAAUCUGGAUCUCCAGGAAGCCUAAGGCAUUGUUGGAAGGGUAGGGAGGGGCUUGGGAGGUCUGGGUGAAUUGGGAGGGGCUGUUCUGAAGGUGCUGAGGAAGAUCUGGAAGGAGAAAGUGGGCAGGUGGGUGGAGGUGAGGAGCCGGAGGAGUCUGGAAGGAGACUGGGGCCUCCUGAGUGAUGGCUGAGCCAGCCUGGAUCCCCUGGGGGAGACCUGGGAGGGGAGGGGAAGUUGGCCUGCACUUCCAGGCCUCUGAGACUUAUCUGGUGAGGACUUUGAGAGAAGAACGGCUUGGAGACCCACAGGAAACUCCGUAGGGAGGUGGCCAAGGGGCCAGUGCUGUGCAGAGGAUAGUGAAGAGCUAGAGCAGGGAGAAGGCCCCCAAGGAAAAGCCCAAGCAGCAGGCGCUCCGGCAGCCCCGCCAGGGACCUACUGAUGAGGCUCAGAUGGCGGCCGCGGCGGCCCUGGCCCGGCUCGAGCAGAAGCAACCCAAGGCGCGGGGCCCCACAUCCCAGGAUUCUAUCCGGAACCAGGUGAGAAAGGAACUUCGAGCUGAAGCAACUGUCAGUGGGAACCAGGAGGCCGCAGGGACCAACACGGUGCCCGAGCCCAAAGAAGAAGGCUCAGCCCACCUAGCGGUGCCUGGAGUGUACUUCAUCUGCCCGCUCACGGGGGCCAUCCUGAGGAAGGACCAGCGGGAUGCCCGCAUCAGAGAGGCCAUUCUCUCGCACUUUUCCACCGACCCAGUGGCUGCUUCUAUCAUGAAGAUCCACACGUUCAACAAGGACCGUGACCGGGUGAAGCUGGGCGUGGACACCAUUGCCAAGUACUUGGAUAAUAUCCACCUGCAUCCGGAGGAGGAGAAAUACCGGAAGAUCAAGCUGCAGAACAAGGUGUUCCAGGAGCGCAUUAACUGCCUGGAAGGGACCCACGAGUUUUUUGAGGCCAUCGGCUUCCAGAAGGCACUGCUUCCAGUCCCUGACCAGGAGGGCCCUGAAGAGUUCUACGUGCUGAGCGAGGCGGCCUUGGCCCAGCUACAGAGUCUGGAACGGCACAAAGAGCAGCUGUUGCACGCCGAGCCUGUGCGGGCCACACUGGCCCGUCAGUGCCGGGUCUUCCGGCCCUCGCCCCUGGCCUCCCAGUUCGAUCUGCCCAUGGAUUUCUUCAACCUCACUGCCGAAGAGAUAAAGCGGGAGCAGAGGCUGCGGUCUGAGGCCGUGGAGCGGCUGAGCGUGCUGCGGACCAAGGCCAUGCGCGAGAGGGAGGAGCAGAGGGAGAUGCGCAAGUACACGUACACACUGCUGCGCGUGCGCUUCCCUGAUGGCUGCCUGCUGCAGGGGACCUUCUACGCCCGGGAGCGGGUGGCGGCACUGUACGGCUUUGUCCGUGAGGCCUUGCAGAAUGACUGGCUACCUUUUGAGCUGCUGGCCUCAGGAGGGCAGAAGUUGUCAGAGGACGAGAACCUGGCCUUCAAUGAGUGUGGGCUGGUACCCUCAGCCCUCCUGACCUUCUCAUGGGACGCAGCUGUGCUAGAGGACAUCAAGGCUGCAGGGGCCAAGCCAGACACAUCUAUCCUGAAACCUGAGCUCCUGUCGGCCAUCGAGAAGCUCUAGUGAAAUAAAAGCAGGGCUGGCUUCAGCUCCUGUGGGUCUGUGUUAUGCUCUCCUGCUUUUUCCACAUUCCCUCUGUCCCGGCCCCUCUGCCACUACCAGGCCUCCCAGCUUCCUCUGGAGACAUGGGGAGGAUGCCAGCUGGCCCCAGACACAUGCUGUGACUGCCUCUGGGAGAGGGCAGCCACGACUAACCUGUUUCACAGAACCCCUGGGCAUGUCAUCUGUGGGCACUCCCUGGGCAGGAGAAUGGGCCUGCAGCUCCGGCCCCGUCCCCAUGUACUUGGCCCAUGUGGCUGCAGCUGGCAUGAGGGUGACACUGGGCCUGUCAAGGACAUAAUUCUAUAAAACUGUAAACUUGAAUAAAUAGGAUGUUUGACUAGUUUCC